CCUGCCUGGGAUUUGGUUUAGUCCAGCCCCACCUCUCGGACAAGAUGGCGGCGCCCGGAGCGAGCGAGGCGGUGUGGAAUCGCUUGGAGGUGCCGUGGCCCGCGUGCAGCGCGACGGUCGCCGUGGCGCCGCAGCACUCGUCAGUGAGAAGCCUUUCCGCUGUUCUGAAGGGGUGUCAUGCUGUGGACAUCCUUCUGAAAAACAAAGCCAUGGUUGCAGAACAGAGCCUGCUGCAUUCAAUCAUGUAUAAUUUUCACUAUCAGAUGAGUCGUCACAGGUCAUUUCGGUCCCUCAAGCAGGUAGAACAGUGCUUGAAGCGUUUAAACAGAAUGAAUCUGGAGAAGCCAAUUCAAUACCUUAUUCUUUUGGGCCCCACAAAACAGAAACCAGAAAAUCCGGAAGAGGCCUUGGUUCCCAGUCAACCUGUGAUAGAAGUGAUAUUAGUAAAGAUUUUGGGUGGGUGCAAGCUGUUGCUGCGUCUGCUUGAAUGUUGUUGCACAGCUUUUCUUUUGUCCCUUAAGCACCUGUGUUUGCAAGAGUACAUACUGUUGAAUACUGUGGUUUUGGGGUUGCUGAGCCGAUUAUGGAUCAUUUAUAGAGGUGUGUUAAAAAGCCUCGCUGCUCUAUAUAUGAGACUGUUUGAAUUGCUUCAGGAAGUUUCAAAGACUCAUCCAAGGCCUUACAUUAAAGGAUUUGCCUUUCCUUCUGAAAUAUACGAAUUUCUGGGGACCACUUAUUCAGAGAUUGAAAAGAAAAUGCCCAACAAAACAUUUGUAUUGAAAAAGGCUGGACCUGGAUGGAUGACCAGACUUUUCCCAGGAAGCAAGGCUGUAUCUCAGUCUCACGCUUCGAGUACAGCUGCGCCUACAAAAGUCAGAAAGAAGGUUUCUUCUUUCAUUGAUAUUGGGAAGCCAAUUCUGGUAAAAAGAACUAACCAAGAUCUUGGGAAGGAGUUUGCGCUUGAUGUCAAGAGCUUAUGCAAGUUCCCUAACCCUGCACCACGGGAGAAUACAAAAGUCACAGUGAAGUUUCCUGGCUCAAAAAAGAGAACUACAUUGGUUUCUUCUAAAUCACUGAGGUCCCAGCAUCUUAAAUCUUUUGUCUCCAAAUUUCAAGAAGCACGCACCUUCAGAGAACUGUCUGACACACUCAGAACAACGGUUCUGUGGUGCAAAAGCAAUAAACUUGGGCCAGAGGCUUUUUUCUUGGGAAUGAAACUUCUGAAAAGUAGGCGGUUACAGCAUGUGGAAACACAGGGUUGCAGCUUACAACGGAAACUUGGCUGCAUUAAAGCUACUCUUUGUAAAUAUCUCGUGCUUUCAAGCUGCAGAGUGAGACCCAGCCAAAGACUUAAAGCACAUUCCCAUCCACAAAGACAGAUGAAACGCUCAAGGAAAUCAAGAUGUGUUUCAAGGAGUGCACCAUUUUGUAUUGUUCCCAUACAAAGAGACACUUCUAUCCAUUUGAAGGGCAGUAGAUAUCUUCCUCAGUGCUCUAGCUCCUUGUCUCCAGUUUGGGAUGCUGACAACGGUGGUACUACCUACAGUGUUGAAAAGCAAUCACAUGGCCAUCCUUCUGACCUUGUGGGGCUUGGAAGAAAGCCUUCCCAUAAACAGAAAGAAGCCACAGAGAAUGAAGAUGAUAUUGAUGACAUUUUUAAAGUAAUAGGCCUAUAGCAUUCUGUUCCAUUAAACUAAUUUAAACUGUU